AUGUUGCGAAUAUUACGUGAGUAUGUGAAGAAACCAAAAGGAAGUCGGAGUGUUAGCACUUGGUCACCCUUAGCAAAAGCUUUUAAUACUUCUGGAUUGACAGAAGCUUUGUCAGUUAAUAAUUUAUCUCGGAAAACAAGUGGAUUAUUUGGAGUACCAGAGCUAACAACCGCAGAAGGAUUCACAGAAUUAAAAUCCCAAGCAAUCAAUGACUCGGACCGCCUAAUAGAAGAAGCAGUAGGCCAUGGAAGGACCCGUAAAAUGGUCCAGAUCUUCGACGACCUGUCAGACUCUCUCUGCAGAGUGGCAGACCUGGCAGAGUUCAUCCGGAUGGCGCACCCGGAUCAAAAGUACGCUUUAGCAGCAGAAGACACCUGUCUGGCAGUGAGCGGGAUCGUCGAGAAACUGAACACCCACCGAGAGCUCUACACCUCUUUGAGCAAAGUCGUUGCUUCUGGUGACAUAGUUCCGACCUCUGAAAUAGAUAACCACGUGUCUAAAUUAUUUCUGUUUGACUUUGAGCAGUGUGGGAUCCACCUUCCGGAGAAUCUCCGUCGCCAGGUGGUGCGUAUCAACGACAAGAUCCUCCAAGUAGGCCAGAAAUUCAUGGCAGGAGCCGUCACCCCAAGGUCUGUCGACUGCGAGCUGCUUCCUGAGCACAUCAGGCAGUACUUCAUGAAAGAAGGAGACAAUAUUUUAGUCUACGGUCUUUUUACUGAUUCUGCGAACGCUUUGGCACGUGAAGCUGCUUAUAAGAUAUUUUUGUACCCGGACGAGCGACAGGAGAGUCUUCUGCAGGAGCUCCUGAACUCCAGGCACCAGCUGGCCGAAAUUUGCGGGUUUCCUACGUACGCACAUCGUGCUAUCAAAGGAAGCACCGUCGAGACUCCAGAAGUAGUCAGAGAAUUUUUGGAUAUUUUAAACCUAGAGCUCAAAACUAGAGCUGCAAACGACUUUGACACAAUGCGGGAUAUGAAAAUUAAAGAAACUGGAACCCAGCUGCCUUUGAUGCCCUGGGACACGACUUAUUUCACGACGAAAGUCAAGAAAACCUGGCUCGGAACCUCCAACAAUGAAUUCACGCCGUAUUUUUCCUUAGGAGCAUGCAUGGAUGGUCUGAAUAUCUUGACUCAGAGCUUGUACGGAGUAAGACUUGAACCAGAACCUGCGGACGCUGGAGAAGUCUGGGCGCCCAGUGUGCAAAAACUCGCGGUGGUUCAUGAAUCUGAAGGAACUCUGGGACACAUAUACUGCGACUUUUUCGAACGCGCUGGAAAGGCCAAUCAGGAUUGUCAUUUCACGAUCAGGGGAGGAAGAAUGCUCGCGGAUGGCUCCUAUCAGAAUCCGGUGGUUGUUCUGAUGCUGUCACUGCCUUCACCUAGGUGGAACAAUCCUUGCUUGCUCUCACCCUCCGCUCUUUUCGCCAAGCACUAUCAAACCCAAGAACCUUUGCCCGACGACAUGAUAGAGAAGCUCUGCGCCUCUAAAAACGUAUUUCCAGCCUCGGAAUUACAAGUCCAGGUUUUCUACAGCAUGCUGGAUCAAACGUAUCACUCCAACAAGAUCCAAGGCUCUACAACAAAAAUUCUGGAGGAAAUCCAAAACAAAUACUAUGGACUUCCCUAUGUAGAGAACACUGCUUGGCAGCUGAGGUUCUCCCACUUGGUCGGUUACGGCGCAAAGUACUACUCGUACCUUAUUUCUCGUGCAGUCGCUUCCUGGAUCUGGCAGACUUACUUCCAGAAAGACCCACUCAGCAGAUCAGCCGGUGAAAAGUAUCGCAGAGAGUGUCUCGCUCACGGAGGCGGCAAGCCGGCUUCUAAAGUCGUCUCUGACUUUUUAAAUAAAGAAGCUAGUGCUGGUAAUUUUGCGAACGCUCUUGUUAACGAGAUCGACGAAAAAGAUCAGCAUGUUCAAUCGAUCAUGGCUCUGAAUAAAUAA